AUGGAAAUAUAUUUAGUACAAUUAAACCUUUUAAUUGAUAGGAAAUUUUCGACACCAGUUGAUAUACCAAGAGUCUGUGAAAAUCGACCAGCACCAGGUUUAUUGCUUAGAAAAUGCAAUACCUACAGUGCCCUCAAAACAAUUCAAAACAAUUGCGCGUUGGCAAAUGCCUCUCGCGGCUACCUUGUGGUGGAGGGUUACGUGGGACCUCGCUACUGUGCAUACCGAUUACGCCACCAGCAAUCGCCCGAAGCAGGGUUCGAGUAUUCAGAUAUGAUAGAUCCAUGGCACCUCCGUGCACAAGAUCUAAACGAAGACAUGCUGCGCCGACUCCGCGAGAUGCACAUCGAGGAUCUAGAGACCCCUGGUGAAGUCUACCUCGGAUACGGACUGCACAACUCCCUCCUAACUAAAACUAGACUAGGUGAAAUCGAUGAUGUAUCAAAAAAAGACAGGAGUUGA